ACGUAUUCACUGUUGUCUAGAAAUAUUUUCAUAAUGACCUUUCGCAUACUGUACAGAAUUAUUGUUGUGUCGUGAGCAUAGCUUUGUAAAUACUGUAUCAUAUAGCUUAUAUUGACUAGAGCUUUCGAGGACCAAUAACGUUGUUUUUCGUAUCGACUUGUAGUAGGUGAAGGUAAAGUGUUACCAUUGAGGAAAUAAACUUGGUAGGACAGGGUCAUCCCAAUGACAUAAAACUACACUUUUACAGAGAUAUAUUAUUAUGAUGGAUCCCGACAGCUCCAGCGAUAGUAACAGGGAUACACCUAAGGAGCUGGGUGAGGUCAUCACUCGCCCAGACACCCCGGGUCCAAUGCCUACCUACCAUUACCCACGGGACACACUUUUCGAACUCCAGUUUUGUCCUUUAGCCAAGAAGAGACCUGCUUGUCUGUCAGAAGAAUUCAACACCAUCGAUGGAUUGUGGGACCCUGACAGGUGGUCGAGAUCAUUUGACACAUCACGAAACAACUCUCCACUCACUGUGGGUGAUCGUGAUAAGAAACGCAUGGAGAUACAAAUUGAGAGAGAUUACUUGAUGAGAAGAAGACCAUCCGCAGAUCCUAAAGAACGACUGAAAGAGGAAAAAGAUGGGAUAGUUUUGAGUCCACAACGAAGAAGCUUUGGUACUGGUUGUCAUGUAACACAGCCAACAUUGACUCGUCAGAUUAGUUGUCCCUCUGACUUCAAGGAUGGAAGCGACCGUGAUAGAGGACCCAGGAGAAUUGGAAGUGGACGAAUCCAGCUUGAUCGUGACCGGGGUGAGGUAACACGUGAACGAGGUGGAGGGGAGCGAGAUUUUCGUGCUAUCAGAGAUAGAUUUGACCGUGAUGACAGAGACAGAGACCGGCGCUAUGAUCGUGAAUGGGAGAGAGAAGGUCGUGACAGUCGGGAAAGUCGUGAUCCACGUGACCGUGGGUUCAGAGGAGGGUUUGACGACAGAGAGAGUCGGAGAGACUUUGGAAAUCGACAUUUCACAUCAAGAGACGUGCGACGGAAAGACUUUCAUCAGGAAGAUGAACCUGAAUGGUUCACAGAGGGUCCCAUUAGUCAACAGGAUACAAUUGAGCUAAGGGGCUUUGAGCGGGAAAAGGAAAAGGAGACUCCACGCCAGAUAAAGGAGGUUGAAGAGGAAGAUGCAGAUGAGAGUGCCCAGGAGGAACACAAGACUGGUGUGGCUGACGUGGCAGACAGAAACGGGAGCCUCGAAACAAAUGAACCCAGUUCUCCUGAGGAAUCAAACCACUCUGACAGCAUGCGAACCACCAGUCCUCAUAACAAUAUCUUUGACUUCAAUGAGUUCUUCAAGAUUGAUAACCUGCCUGGAUUGAAUCAAGAGGGUCCAGUUGCCAGUGCUGACAUUCCUGUAGUACAGAGCCGGUUCAGUCAGUGGUUUGGAGCUAAACCUGGUGGCAGCCUGAACAGCAGCAGGCACAACAGUCGACACAACAGUCACCAUAACAGCCGGCACAACAGUAGACGCUCCUCACUCAAUGAUGAUUUCGGUUACAUUGUUAAUGAUCUCCUUGGCGGUACACGAAGCCCCAAUGUUGCUUCCCCUCCACCGGACCAGCCAAUGUUUGAUCAGUCAGUGUUUUCGCCAGCCAACAGCACUUUCGCAGAUAAACCUCAACAUCAUAGCAUUGACUUUACUGGACUGCAAAACAAGGAAGCCAUUGCUCCUAUGCUCAGUGCUAUAUUCCAGAAUAACCACGAAAAACAUCAGUUAGGAAGCACUAGCAGUAACUUUAGCACCCAAGAUGCAGAGAUUCAGCUGAAGGCAUUGCUGUUUGGGAAAAAGGACUCCACUCCCAGUAGUGGUACAGCUAGUCCUGGCAUGGGCUCUCCUCUCAAUGUCCCAGGAAGAGCAAAGACUGUAGCAGAACUAGAGGCUGAUAUGAACCAGCGGUCCAGUCGGUUGCCAGCACGCUGCUUCACGCCACCGCAGCAACCUGUUCCGCCCCCAGAUAUGCCGCAGAAUUUCCAGCGACAGCCACCAACACAGCCACAGCAGCAGCAGGUGCCAGCACAUUUCCAGCCACCACCACCAGAACUUUCGCAUACACCACAAUAUCAGUCACCUCCAGGGCAUCAACAGAUGACUCCACAUAACCUCCCUGUGCAGCAGCAAAUGCAUCCGCAGGAAAUGUCACCACAGGAGAUUCAACAACAGUUACAUCAACACCUACAGCAACAACAGCAGAUGCAGCCACAGCCAUUGACACCUCAGCAGAUGCAGGCCCACCUGGCACAGCAGCAACAUCCAUCCAUGCCUCAGGUGUCCAUCCACCAGAGUGCCCACUCCACACCACGUGGAAGUCAAGAUGAGGGUGAUCUAACAGCAUUCAACAAGUUGCUUAGUCUGAUGAAAGCAGGAGCUGCUGCAGCUGUGGAAUCUCCUCCAAAGAUUGUUGGGAGACCAGGACAAGCUGUAUCUCCACCCCCACAUAUGGCACAGCCACCAGCUCCAAUGUCACAUCCACCCAUGCCUCCAUUAACCAACUCCCAGGCUGCUGCUGCUGCAGCUCAGAAUGAGUUUUUCCAGGCCUCCCCAUUUCAGGCAUUACAGAGGAAUAAGGAGCAACAGCUACAGAUCCGACAUCAGACUAUGAACCAAAUGAGGAUACAACAAAAGCCCAUUCCUUCCCAGCAGCUUCAGACUCCUCCUGCUCAGAUGUCACAGCCCCAGGGUAACCAGAACAACAGUGGUCAGCCAGUCAAUGAUCCCAUCAUCAAUUUCAUCAAGCAGAACCCUACUAUCAUCACCAAACCUGCCUCACCUACUCCUCCUCCCCAGGGCACUCCCCAACCGCCACAGACUGUAUCCUCUAUGAUGGGGAUGAUGCAGACCACCUCCACUCCACGGGCCCCCUCCCCUUCAGCUGGGCUAAUGGGGCAGAACCUGCUGUCACAGCCUCCCUCAUCACCACGCAUCGCUUCACCUAUCAUGUUUGGCCAACAGCCUCCCAUGCAUCUCAGUGCACCGUCUCCCAUCAACCCAUCACAAAUGGGCCAGUCGUCAUCCAUCACUGUUCCUGCAGGCACAACUCUCACAUCAACAGCUACAAUCCGACCACCUGUUGUGCCACGUGUGCCAAGUCCACAAGAGCUUAUAGCACACACUCAGGCCAUCAUGCAGACUGCGCUUCUAAAGAAACAGCUUGAAGAUCAGCGAGAGCGCUUUAUUAGAAAGCAACAAGACAGUGUGUCUUACAGGGCCAAAUCCCCCAACCCGAUGGUAUCUGUAAAGCCUGCAGGUCCUAAUGUUACCCAGACCCCUACCAUGUCCUUGGCUACAUCACCAGCCUGUCAGACUCCCAAGCCAUCAGUUAGUGCAGCUUUCACACCAACGUCAGUUAUGAAGAAAAUGCAUUCAGAUAAAGCAUCUGAAAAAGAGAAACAACGACAAGAUAAUGGUGAAGGUGAAAAUGCUUCAGAUAAUGGAGGUCCAGUGAAGCAGCUUAUUCAGCAGGACACCAGCCAUACUGCUGUAGAUAAUUUAGAAUUGAUUCAGAAAAUGAACAUAGAACAGCAAGCCAAAGAGAACUUGCCAGCUACUAUAAUGACAAGUAUGACAACACACUGUCAGCCCUCAUCGAUGCCUACAUCACAGUUCAGCAACCAUGACAUGAACAUCCCUGGUAUCAACUCAAUUGCAGCCUCAUUGGCUGGCCAUCAUGAUUCUGUAAGCUUGGCUGAACAACUGAGCCAGCUAUCGACACCCACAUCAGUCCAACCAAAGCAGCAGGCACGUGCCUUGAUUGGCAAUGGCGGGUUCCAGGGCACUCCUGGUCAGCCUGUAUCUGGCCCUGUGGCGACCCCAGGUCGACCAAUCGUUAAAGGCAUCACCAUCACCAGUUCUAGUGCUGUCAGCAGUGUAAUGACUCCUCCUAUGGGGAGGCCCAUGAUUGGGGUUCCUCAGAUGUCCACUCCCCAGCUUCAGAGCAAAACUGUUGAGGGCACACCCAUAUCACUGCAGACCCCCUCACAACCCCAUCUGCACCGAGCCAUCACAGGAGCAGCCAACCCCACAUCUGUCCCACAAGUACAGACCCCUGUAGUCCCCCAACAGAAACAGUUCAGUGUGUCUCCCAGUCCCCUCACCAGACCCAUUCCCCCUAUGGGGGCACAAUAUGGCAUUCCAAUCACGGGUCGGAUACCGGUACAACAAGCCAUGUCACCCAACCCUCUCCUCAUGCAGCAGAUGAUACAGAGCGGUAUCUCGCCCACAGCCGCAGCAAGAGUGAAUGCGUUGAAUCAGCUGAACCAGAUAAAUCACAUGAACCACUUAGCCAUGCAGCAACAGCAGCCAAGAAUCAUGGAUCCACGUCUUCAGGGGAUGAGGGGGGUUUACCCAACGGUCCCAAACCUCACUCCUCGUAGCUCUGUCAUUCCCACUAGUCUUGGUGUGCCUGUUCGCACACCUAUGGGGGUCAACGUGGCGAUUGGAAGGACAGUGUCUCCACACCCUCCUACACAAAAACUUAUUAAUGGGCCUGUGUCACCAGGAAUUCCCAUCCACACCUCUAUCCCCACCAGUUUACUCAAUGGAAACAACAACAUCACCAAACAAGAUCCAAACCUUGCCAAAUGGUUUGGUACAGAUGUCCUCAAACAACAGAUGACGUCACUACCCCCAUUACCUGGCUCCGGUCAGAGGAUGAUGACCUUGGAGGAGAUUGAACGCUGUCAGCAGCAAGCAGUCAUUAACUAGAGACCUGUGAAUACUGAUAUUCAGAUGAUUUUGAAACAUCCAGGAAAUCAUUAACAUUCUCUGCUGUAAAUUCUCCUGUCAAACCUGAUACGUUUUAGUGUCGUUUACAUGUGGUUUGUAAUAGUGAUUUUGUGUGGCAUUUUUAUUUUGUUUUUGUUAUAUUAAUACCACACUUCCAAUUACUACACAGGAUUAUCAGUUUUUUGCCUCCAGGGCAGGAAUAUUCUUCAAAAAUUUUCUUGAUCUCGUUUCUCCAUAUACUUAAGUGCUGGUUUAGUCCUGGUAUUACCUAAAAAAUGAAGUUUUUGUUCUACCUCUAUUGUGGGUUUCAACUGGAUUUAUUUUCAAUGUUUAUGAAAAGCCUAUAUUAGGUACAAUCAUAAAAGAAGAUAACAUCUGAUUAGUUGAUUUCCAGUAUUGAAGCAUAUGAGAUCUAAAAUACCUUUUGAUUUGUACAUGAAAUAGAUUUUUUUUACUAAUAUUUAACAAAAUAAACUUUGAACUCUUUUGAUUUUUUUUUAAUGUAAAAUAUAAUUGAAUUUGUGUAUUCCUAACUAUUUCUAUAUUCACACUGCUAUUCCAAUAGAAAAAGCUUGCAUGCAUAUAUUAUCAUGAUCCUUGUGAAAGUAUUUGGCUUUGUAAAAAGGCUGUUUAGCAAUUGUACUCUUGUUUUUCAUGUACACAUCCCAUGUGUGAUGCCAUUAUGAAUUCAUUUAGUGAUAUAGCGAUAUCCAAAUGUGCCAAGAUUUUGACUGCUAUAUAUGGAAGGGUAGGCAGUCGUACAGAUUGUGUUUGUAUAUAUAUGUGUGGAGGUCGGUUUAAUGCUUGAUAUAGACUGAAGUAGAUUCCUAGAAAACUCCAACUAAAAUAUCAGUUGUUAUUAACAUGUAGGUAGGUUUGAAUGUUCAUACUUCUGGCUAUUGGUGCAAAGCGUUUUUUUUUUUACAAAUUGCCAAGAAAAUAUUUCAUAUCAUUGCUUAAUAGGCAACAAAGCAGGUUUAAAAUAUAUCUAUAGAGACAGUAAAGCAUUGAUUUUGAUAUGCUUUUCAGUUUGAUUUCAGUAUUAUUUUUUUUCGUGUGCCACCAAGGCUUUGAUGUGAUUUGUUGUAGCAGAGAUUUUAAAUAGCAGUUAAUGAUUAUCAGACUUGAAAAAUUGUAAAGAGAACAAAAUUCGUUUCUGACUUUUAUGCUGGUUUACACAUCAAAAUGUUUUAAGGCUAAUCAACUAAUCAUGGUUGAAAAUUAUAAUUACAGAAACAAUGACUGAUAAAUAAGGCCAGUUUUUGUAUGUAAAGUUGACUUAUUUGUAGUUAUUGAAGGAAAAAUAAAAAAGUGGUUUCAGCUUAAGUCUAUAUCUGAAAGUACUGAAAUGAAACGAAUGAUACAAACGUUUUCAUUACAUAUGGCUAUUUCAACAAAGAGCUGGUGUUGUUGUUACAUAGCUAGUUAGAAAUGUACAUAAGCUUUUCACAACUUGUAGUGUUGUUUGUAUGAUUUUCAUAAUGACUGACAAGUGAAUACGUAUUUAAAUUUGAACGUUGAUAGACAACAAAGGAACCCGACAACAUAUUAAUCCACUGUUAUUUUUGUUCUAUUUUGUUUUCCUUUUGAAUGUGAAUUCUUAUAUUUGUGUGUGUGUAAAUAUGUGAAAUUCUUACUUGUAUCAAAACACUAUAUGAAAAAAUGUUGCUCAGUGUGUUUUUUUUUUCUUUUUUUUUUUUUAUAAAACAUUUUUGCCUCUUUUCUAUAUUUUAUUUAUUUUUCCUUUCAUGACUGUAAAUAAGUUAAAAUUAGACACACCUUCUUUGUAGCCAUGUUGUACCUUCUCUUUGAACUUACACUGGAGAUAAAAAGUCACCUUAAAAUGUUGUGAAACUAAUUACACUUUUGUCAAAAUAUAUGGGUAUCUUCGUUUAUUCAUAUUUUUAGCACACUUGAAAAGAGUUCACUUAAACAUGCAUAAAUUUUGAAAUUUUAUGUAAAUAAACCCGCAAAUGUACCCCUAAAUCGUGAACAGCAUAUCUGUAAGUGUUGCUAUUACAUAUAAAAUGUAAUGCUAUUAUUCUCUUAACUAGUCAGUUGGUUCAAUAUUUGUUCACUUGUAUCCUAGACACCAUCGUACCCCUGUAAAUUGUCAACCUAUCAUAGUUUAUUUUGCUUCUAAUCUUGUACAUGCUUGAUGUCAGUGUUUAGUCCUAAUUGUUAGCAGCAUAACAAAUAAUAAAUAUAAUUAUGAGAAAUAUAUCAUUUACUUGAUAAAGGAUAAUGCGGUUUUGUUUAUUCGAAUUUGAUGAUUUUUCUCGUUAUUUUUAAAUAUUUUUUUUGUACAGUAAUAUGCACAAUUCUGGGUCCAACCUAGAUCUAUUGAUAUCACAUUUCUGGCACUUCAUCACUCCUCCAUUGUCUUAUUGUUGUAUUCAAAUGGUGCAAUGAAAACUUUGAUAUGUCCACAUAAUAUAGUUUUAUUUUUCUUAGAUUUGAAAAUAUAGUUGGCCCACAUAUACAGCAAUAAUGAUUUAUGCACUUGAAGUGUGGAUGUGUACUUCCCACAUUCAGAUGGAGCUACAUACAUGGAAAUUCUUGAGAGUAUUGUGUGAAAUCUUGGUGAAACACUUCUAUACUGCAGAAUGGUAACAAAAAUUGUAACAGAGCGAAAAAGGGGUGGGUUGGGGAUAGAUUUCACUCUUCAAAUUUUUUCUACAGGAGAUGUACCAACCUCUGAAAGUACUGCUAAACAUAUUUUGUAUAGUUAAUAAUUUUCAGGAAGAUAAAUAUGUUAGAGAGUUUUACUUUUGUGUGGUUAGUACAUGCCCACACUUUGUUUAGUCAUCAUAUUGCUGUCGUGUGGCUUUUUCACCGCCUGACUCGCCUCACUGUGUAAAUUAUUUUUUGACACAGCUUCACACAUUGGUAGUGGUGGUUACACCAAGCCACAUCAAUCAUGUUUGUGUUGGGGAAAUGAAGUUGAAUUGUUUAAUGUAAUAACUUAUGCAUUCAUUGUACGUGUUAUUCUGAUAUAUUAGGGUUAGAUGUAAAUAUAACGUAAUUAUGUGUUUAUUGUCAUUGAAUAUUUGAAAUUUUUCAUCUCGUGUCCUUUCUUAACAAAGGAAAUUUUGUUGUUAUUAAAGUGUCACUUCAUAAUCAAGUCACCACCCCUCCCCUUCACAGAUAUACCCCAACCUUCCAGACCUGAAAUUGUUAUCCGAAGGGAUUGUUCCCUGUACUAUUUGUGUGUACAUUAAGAUAAUCAUAGUUUAUGUGGUUAUAAAAGUGAGGCUUGAUGUGCAGUAAUCAUAUUUUUUGUCUCGUUUUGAUUGGUAAAUAUAUUUGAUGGUUAUUUUUGUAAAAAAGUUGUAACUUGAAUAAGAAAUGUUUGACAGAAUACUGAUUUAUAUAUACGUGUACAGGUGGUGUGAUAAUUUACUGCACUUUCUAUUAACAAUAGUGCAGAUCUACAUAGAAAAUUUUGUGUUCUUUGUAUCUUUGUUUAUGUGAUUGUUGUUAUCAUUUUCGAUGUUUUAAUACUCCGACUGGGCUGAUGAUCAUAUGGCUGUCAUAUGGCCUAACACUUAACAACCAUAUUUCUAAGUUCUCAUUGGCUAGACAAAUAAAGUUUAGUUACAAUUUGAAUAUUAUACCAGGUUUUUUUUUGGAGAGUGGUAUUUGUUAAAAUUCAGAUAAGAUAAGUCCGUGGUGUAUGGCUGCCUUGAACAGGUUGGUAGAAUUAGUUGAUUAGCCUAGAUCAGUAUGCAAGUUUCUUAUUCUGCUCUGUUCUGGUAACUGUGUGUAGUAUUGAAGUCUUGAUUUAUAUAAGGGUAUGUGAUGGAUUAUUACUGUCACUCUUCGAUCCUUUGCCCAGUUGGAGGUUUGUUCAAUUCUGUGAAGUGCCGAUGACAGAUGUGGAACAAGUUUGAUGUUAUUUGAGGGUGGCAUGGUAGAAUGGCUGAUAUCAAAGAUAUCAGAAUGUCUGUCGGGGGUUAACUUUCUACAUUCAGUGCUGCAGAAGAAUUUUCUUCUCUUAAUUGGAUUUUGAAAGAGCUGUAGGGCUUGCGAGGGCGAGUGUUAAAUUUUUGUUUUGUUUUGUCCGAGUUUUGGUGCAUCAGUACAAGUUGUUGAUUGUUCGAGGGUAUAUGUUGUGCGACUGCUGGAAGAAUGCUGACAUGUGAAUGCUGGAGAAGUGUACAUAAUAUGGAUCUAAAUGUGUGAGUAAUACUGGUGAUACAGAUUUUAUAGUGGUAUAAGAGAUUAGUUGUUUGACAUUACGUGUUGUGAAGACAGUCAAGUCUAUAUAUACAUAUAUAAAAAGUAUAUCUUUUACCUUAUAAAUAUCUUGGCUACACUGAUUGAUUGAAUAUUCUUUGGUUAUUUUGUAAAACUUGAUGUGAAACCUUCUUACAUUUGAUGCAUAUUUUUUUUUUUUUUUUUUUGACUUUAAAAGUUGUUAGACUUUCCAGAUUAUUUUUUUUAACCUAUCCGCCUCUCCCUCCCAACCCCUCUUCAAAAAAUCUUGUAAAUAAUGUAUUUCUCUUUUUUUAACCCCAGACUGCAGGAUGCGUUUCAAAAAGCAGCUGAACCUUUGCUCCCGACAUAUCUUUGUGUUCAACUGAUCCAUUUUGUGAUCAGUGACAGAAGUCUUGUCUUAGGCUCCUGGUAUAUAAGGUUCAGUUUAAAUGCAAUAAUGCGAAUACCAUGUGAAUUUGAACUAAAAUUUGAAAAAAAAAAAGAGAGAAAAAUUUGUGACAGUUUUAUACGUAUUAGGGCAGUGUUCUCUAGGAGAAAAAGAUUAGAAAGAAGUUUCUUGCUAUAGGGGCACAAUAGUGUUGUGUCAGUAAGGAAUGUUGGUAAAGCUGAAGAGGUAUUGAUUUGCAUCGAUUCAUUCAUCUAGUAAUUGGACUUACAUUUUAAUUGGAAUUCUGUAAAAAUGUCAAUUUUAUUCGAAUAUUGAAAAAAUUUGCAUCCUGAAAUCUAGUGAUGAAUUAGAAUAAAUUCUCAACUGGUCUUGGAUGGAGGGGACCAAUAUCUUAUGUGAAAAAGGGUGAAAAAAAUUAUUUUAAAUUGAUGUUUUCAGGAUGUUUAUAUUAAAAAUUAAUAUAUCUGAAGUAGCUAUUGCAAGGAAUUUAUUUUCCUUAAAAAAAGUGUAAACAGUAUUCCAAAUCUUUUGAAAUUCGUUGUUAAACAUGCAAGUAUGUAUUAUUAUGAUGUGUUUGAAUGGCAGCCGCCUGUGAGAGAUGGGCAGUGUAGGGCGUGUGUCAAUCAUGUGCUGGUGCAGUAGUGCUAGCAGCUGAGGAGAACAGCUGUGGGAUUAUAGAGAUUAUUAUUACACAUUAUUUUGAGUUUCACUGUUGUAAGGAGUAAGAAUUGAUGGCAAAACAAAGUCUUUAUCCUUUUAGACUUUCCUACAGUGCAACAUACCGUAAUAUCAAUGGUUUCCUUAUCAAAGCUAGAGUUGAUUUAUGUCAAACUUGUCACUCAGUGCUUUAUAAGAAGUCUAAAAAAUAAAUUGUAAAAAAAAAGAAAA